CGCCUGUCAACCCCAAAAUCUCGAGAGGUCGAGGGGCAGUAGGUCGGCAUACAUUGCCAAACAACGUCUACGAAGACUCAAUUGACUGCUCCAAUUGGGUUCGAGGAUUACGGUACGCCAUGAUGCCGAUAUCGAGAACCGCCGGUCUGCGGUCCGCCUGGAUAUCACGGCUCGCGCAACCGUUCACGUCUCCCCUCGGAUCAUCCCGCAGCGGCUGCCGCCAACAUGGCCCAUCCAUUUCCGCGACACUGCGGGCUAGUCAUCAGGUCCGUAUGAAGUCGACGGCACCGGCCGACCAUGAACCGGAACACUCUUCGAAGCAGACAGGGCAGACAAAACCGCCUUCUCCCUCCCUGAAGAGCAUGAUAUGGCAUGGCAUCAAGUCCGACGCCAGUCGCGCCUGGUACGUGAUAAGAAACACCAGCUUCCGGGAGGUUAUGCGGCGGAAUCCGGGGGAGGCGUUCGGUGCUAUCGUAGCAGUGGCCGGCGCCAUCGCGGUCUUCAUCUACUGCGUCUACGCAUACUACACCUACUUUUACAGCCGCCAAUUCACGCGAUACCCCGAGCCAGUGGCGCAAGCCUUGCGGAAAGCGCUCUACUUCAGCAAUCACGACCCGGACCCGCAGCGCGCGCUGAAAUACUAUAAGCAGGCGCUGGAGCUGUGCGACCAAGAGGGGCUGGAUCACUUUUCGGACGACGUCAUGGGCAUCAAGAUUCAGGUGGCCGCGUGGCUCGAGAAGAUUGAGAGCUACCACAACGCCAUCACCGUGCUGGAGAACCUGCUGAAUGACUGCAAGCGCUGGGUGGAAGUCAUGGAGAAGAGCGCGGCCGAGGGGACGCUGCCAAAGCUUGAGCCCGUCCCUGCUGCCAAAGAGGGCGAGGCCGGUGUUCCCGAGCAGCCGAGAGAGGGCUGGUGGGCGAAGCGGACGAGGCUCCUGGCCAAGGCCGUCAGCAUCAGCGUCAAGCUAGCCAAUCUCUACUCGGACGAGCACGUGUUGGAGCGGGAGGUAGCCCACGAGCGGCUUGUCUGGGCGGUCGAGACCGCCCUGAAGGAGACGCAGAGGCGCGCUAAGGAGGGGCUCAAGGACGGGGAGGGCCCCUGGAUGAGUCUAGAGGAGAUAGGUGGAAGCUUGGAAGCUCUUGCGUACAGUUACCAGGAAAAGAGUCAGUAUCAUCUGGCCGUCCCGCUCUUCUUCCAGGCCCUCCGCUUGUGUCAGGAUCCCUGCCACAUCGCCCUGUUGAUGAACAACAUCUCGACCAGCUUCGCGGAGCACCCGCUCAUCCCGCCUGGUGACGCGCCCGUUCACGCCAUGAUGGAAGAGUCCAAGACCUGGGCUACAGCAGCGGAACAACGCGCAUCCUACCUUGCAGCUGCCCAGCGGUGGGCGCAGAACGCCAUUGAGCACGCUUCCCAGCCGCAAGGCGACCGGCGGACGUCGGAAUGCGACCGAGCCUGCGCUGUUGCGCUCUCCAACCUGGGUUCGGUGCUGGCGAUGCUAGGCAAGAACAGCGAAGCGCGCGCAAAGUACGAGCAAUCGAUCGCUCUGAGCAAGAAAUUUGGCUUUGACGACUACGCGGCCGAGGCCGAGGCCAGGCUCCGAAGCCUGCCCGAAGCAUGAUGCCGACAAUCCUGUGCUGUCAGCGUUGCCGAACCUGCGCGCUAUUUUGCGGCUCGGAAACGACGGCACUCCCGAACUUCUCUCAAAAUCCGGCACCGAAAACGAACAUCUAAGUGCACCUUACCACAUCGCACGGAGUCGCCGACGUGAGAUAGCGUGAACCAGGCAGGUGUAUACGGUUGCUGUAGCACCGCUCUGUCUGUAGUCGCGAGCCCGAAUCUCGACUGAUUCCUAAGAAGCGCAAAGUCCCUCAAAAAAAACCAGUCACGCGAUAGGGAAUCCCGACAAAUGCAACCUUAAGGCACAGCAACCUUACCAACCGUCGGCACGAGUACCCUCUGAAGCUAUCUUACUCACAUUGAAACCAAAAACGGGGUGGGCGAAAAGAAAAGAAAAAGAACAAUGACGACAUAACUGAUUAUGCCAUCAUUCAUCCGUUUCUAGCG